GUGCAAUCAAGGCGGAGGCAAAAGGAGAUUUUUUUUUUGGACACGGGGGGGCCGAGAAGUGACGGCCACAGGCGCCUCAGAGGAGCGCAGCAUCUGAGCGGGACAGACGGCGUGUGUCCAGUCCGGAGGAUCCCCCCACGAAAGCUCGGGACCCUUAUGGCUGCUUGAGAUCCCCCGACCCCUCCCCGCCACCUCAACACUAUUCCUCCCCCGUCCCCCCUUUUUUUCUUCUUCCUUUUUUUUUUUGCUCAUCAAGCGAUAGCGAGCGGCCGCGGGUCCGACUUGAGUUGAGCUGCGAAGAGCCGUGGUGCACUCAAGGCAGGCGGCCAUGGAUACCCCCAUCAGAUGGAAAGUUAAACGGAGAUUAAGGGACGCUCUGAUCUCCCUGGUUGUCAUUUUGCUUUUUGUCACAUCCCCGGCGAGUUCAGCUGAACCAGCCAACCUCUUGAAGAUUUUAGAUUUUCCUAAUUUACCCGAAGGCGUCACGAAAACAACGGGGUUCUGCUCGAAUCGGCGGUCGUCGCAAGGACCCGACGUUGCCUACCGAGUCUCCAAAGAGGCGCAGCUCAGCGCUCCCACCAAACAACUAUAUCCAGGUGAUGUAUUCCCUGAGGACUUUUCCAUCAUGGCCACGGUGAAGCCCAAGAAGGGCAGCCAGUCUUUCCUGUUGUCAGUGUACAAUGAGCAGGGAAUCCAGCAACUGGGACUGGAAAUGGGGCGCUCGCCCGUUUUCCUCUACGAGGACCACACAGGAAAGCCCGGACCGGAGGACUACCCGCUUUUCCGGGGGAUCAACCUGGCUGACGGAAAGUGGCAUCGAGUGGCCAUCAGUGUGCACAAGCAGACCAUCACCCUCAUUCUGGACUGUAAAAAGAAGACCACCCAGAAACUGCUCCGAUCGGCCAACCCCAUCAUCGACACCAAAGGAAUUAUUGUCUUCGGAACAAGAAUACUUGAUGAAGAAGUCUUUGAGGGAGACAUCCAGCAGCUAAUGAUUGUAGCAGACCACCGCGCCGCCUAUGACUACUGCGAGCACUACAGCCCCGACUGUGAAGUGGCUGUGCCCGACCAACCACAGAACCAGGACCCCAACACUGACGACUACAACACAGAGGAGGACAGCUACUAUUAUGAGUACCCCUACUAUGAAGACGUGGACGGAAAAUCGCUUGAUUCAACUGAUGCAGAGGAGACAACUAAGGUCACGGACAGCCUGGCAUCCAAAGUGGAGGAUGCCGUUCGUACCGCUGGCACAGGUGGCAAAGUGGUCAUCUCUUCGUCUUCUAGUUCGUCUUCCAGCACGGGCUCUUCCUCUAGUAGCUCUUCGGCAACCACCACGGACGACGCUGGUGCAUACGAUGGUUAUGACAGUUAUGGGACCUAUGAGAGCUACUAUGAUGAGCUGAAACCUACACCCGAGGGCGACGGUUCUAAACGAAUCACCAUCACAAGCACGGGCACCGGCGGGAAACUGGAUCUGGGAGCGGCCGGAAAGAUUGACCUGGGAACAGGAAGCGCAGUGGAAACCAGGGUUAUCUCCGGUGGAGGUGGUGGCGGCGGAUCCUCGAUCACGAUCAAUAAAACAACUCUCGGAACGUCGUAUGGUGACUACGGUGAUUACGGAGAUGGGGAUUACGGCGUGGACAGUCACGUGACUACUGGCGGAGGCAGUAGCAGCCGUACAGUUCACAUUGGCGGUGGCGGCGGCAGCAGUAGCAGCACCAUUAACCUCGGCGGUGGCAGCAGCACCAUCGACCUGGGCCUUAGUGGAGGAACCAUUGACUUGGGGGCCGGGAGCAGCAGUAGCAUCGACCUCGGUGGCGGAAGUAGCGGCACAAUUAGGCUUGGCGGCGGAGGUAGCAGCAGCAGUGGGACCAUCUCACUGGGUGGCGGAGGCAGCAGCGGCACCAUCAGGCUGGGCGGCGGAAGCGGCACCAUCGACCUCGGAGUUGGCGGCACUAGUGACACCAUCACACUGGGUGGGGGCGGAAGCAGCAGUAGCAGCACCAUCAGUCUUGGCGGUGGAGGUGGAGGAAGCAGCAGUACCACCAUCACCAGAGGAGGCGGCGGAAGCAGCUCCACGAUCACCCUCGGCGGCGGAUCAGUUUCGGUCGGAGGUGGUUCAGUGUCGGCGGGAGGCUCCUCCACAGUGGGCGGCGGAUCGGCCAGCGCUGGAGCCGGAGCCGGUGGUUCCAUCGCCACUGGAACUGGACUGGGCAUUGAUGGCGAGGGGGACUACACCGACUUGGACUCUUUCAAGGCGGAGCACAUCAACAACUAUGAUGAUUUGGAUCUGAAUAUUUAUGAUGAGAACUACGACGACUUGGAAUACCCUGACAAAGGUUCCAAAGUGCUUCCUGCCGAGACCGAGUAUUACGGACAGGUCGAUGGCGUCCGUGGCGAGAAAGGGGAGAAGGGAGAACCUGCCAUUAUCGAACCCGGAAUGCUAGUGGAGGGUCCGCCUGGGCCUGAGGGGCCAGCGGGUCUUCCUGGACCUACGGGUGCCGCCGGCUCACCAGGCGUUCCUGGAGAUAUCGGCGAGAGGGGUCUUCCCGGUCGUCCUGGUCUUCCUGGUGCUGAUGGUCUACCAGGACCCCCUGGCACCGUCCUGAUGUUGCCUUUCCGAUUCAGUGCUGGAGGGGGAGACUCUGGACAGAAGGGACCUGCCAUGUCAGCCCAGGAGGCCCAGAUGCAGGCCAUCAUGCAGCAGGCUCGGCUUGCUAUGCGUGGAUCUACCGGCCCCAUGGGUUUGACCGGCAGGCCUGGCCCCUUGGGUCCUCCUGGUGUUGCGGGACUGAAGGGAGAGUCUGGAGAGGCGGGUCCUCAGGGUCCACGCGGACCACUGGGAUCAGCUGGACCUCCUGGAAAGCCUGGCAGAAGGGGUCGCGCCGGAGCUGAUGGUGCCAGGGGAAUGCCAGGCCAGCCUGGAACCAAGGGAGAUCGUGGAUUUGACGGUCUGGCGGGACUUCCUGGCGAAAAAGGACACAGAGGUGAAGCGGGACCUCAUGGACCGCCUGGUGCUCCAGGCGAGGAUGGCGAGAGGGGAGACGACGGAGAGAUCGGACCAAGGGGACUUCCAGGUGAACCGGGACCUCGUGGUUUGCUUGGACCUAAAGGACCUCAGGGAGCUCCCGGACCUCCUGGUGUCACCGGAGCGGACGGCCACCCUGGACCAAAAGGCAACAUUGGACCUCAAGGAGAACCAGGACCUCCCGGUCAACAAGGCAACCCCGGUGCUCAGGGACUGGCCGGGCCUCAAGGUGCGAUCGGACCUCCCGGAGAGAAGGGUCCUACCGGGAAGCCUGGUUUGCCGGGAAUGCCGGGAGCUGACGGACCACCAGGUCACCCUGGAAAAGAAGGACCUCACGGAGAAAAGGGACACAUGGGACCCGCCGGCCCUCAAGGACCUAUCGGUUAUCCCGGCCCACGAGGCGUGAAGGGAGCAGACGGCGUCCGCGGCCUGAAAGGAACCAAGGGAGAGAAGGGAGAAGACGGCUUCCCGGGCUUCAAGGGGGAUAUGGGUAUCAAGGGUGACAGGGGUGAGCUUGGCCCGGCAGGGCCCAGAGGAGAAGACGGUCCCGAGGGGCCUAAAGGUCGUUCAGGUCUCCCAGGAGACGCCGGUCCUCUCGGCCCAAAUGGCGAGAAGGGUAAACUCGGAGUGCCCGGUUUGCCCGGAUACCCAGGAAGACAAGGACCAAAGGGAUCUCAAGGUUUCCAAGGCUUCCCUGGUGCUAACGGAGAGAAAGGAACUCGGGGAACGGCGGGAAAGCCUGGACCGCGUGGCCAGCGAGGACCAACGGGCCCUCGAGGAGAGAGAGGACCAAGGGGACCCACUGGAAAAGCUGGACCAAAAGGCAACUCAGGGACUGACGGACCACCGGGACCCCCUGGCGAGAGGGGUCUACCAGGACCUCAGGGACCAACGGGAUUCCCGGGACCAAAAGGGCCACCUGGGCCUGCCGGUAAAGAGGGACUUCCCGGACACCCAGGACAGAGAGGAGAGACUGGUUUCCAAGGAAAGACUGGUCCUCCUGGCCCUCCCGGUGUUGUCGGACCUCAGGGACCAACCGGCGAGACCGGACCAAUGGGAGAUCGUGGGCAUCCUGGACCCCCAGGUCCACCCGGAGAGCAAGGUCUCCCAGGAGCUGCCGGAAAGGAAGGCGCUAAAGGCGACCCAGGACCCUCUGGCCCCGCCGGUAAGGACGGCCCACCCGGCCCACGAGGCUUCCCAGGAGAACGAGGCCUGCCCGGCCCCGUGGGGGCUCACGGUUUGAAAGGCAAUGAGGGUCCGAACGGCCCACCUGGCCCAGCUGGUUCUCCAGGCGAACGUGGGCCCGCUGGCCCUGCUGGACCCACAGGUUUGCCCGGACGCCCUGGCCCCCAGGGACCCCCGGGCCCCGCAGGAGAGAAAGGCGGACCGGGAGAGAAAGGACCUCAAGGCCCAGCGGGAAGAGAUGGUAUUCAGGGACCAGUGGGUCUGCCAGGACCUGGGGGACCCCCUGGACCACCGGGAGAGGACGGAGACAAGGGAGAACUUGGAGAACCCGGCCAGAAAGGAAGCAAAGGUGACAAAGGCGAACACGGUCCACCCGGCCCCACUGGACCUCAAGGUCCUGUCGGAGCUCCCGGUCCUGCAGGAGCAGAUGGCGAGCCUGGUCCCAGAGGUCAGCAAGGUCUGUUUGGCCAGAAGGGAGAUGAAGGAUCCAGAGGCUUCCCUGGACCUCCAGGCCCAGUUGGGCUGCAGGGUUUGCCCGGUCCGCCCGGUGAGAAAGGCGAAACAGGCGACGUUGGUCAGAUGGGUCCACCUGGCCCGCCUGGACCAAGAGGCCCCUCUGGACCACCUGGUGCCGAUGGACCUCAGGGACCUCCUGGUGGUAUUGGAAACCCCGGUGCUGUCGGUGAGAAAGGUGACGCUGGUGAGACAGGAGAGCCAGGUCUUCAGGGAGACGGUGGUCCACCAGGACCGAGGGGAGAGCGAGGGGAGAAGGGAGAGGCAGGCCCAGCUGGUGCUGCUGGACCACCAGGACCCAAGGGUCCCCCUGGAGAUGACGGUCCUAAAGGCAGCCCUGGUCCAAGCGGCUUCCCUGGAGAUCCAGGUCCUCCUGGAGAGCCGGGUCCUGCUGGCUUGGAUGGCCCACCUGGUGACAAGGGAGAUGACGGAGAGGCCGGCCAGGCUGGUUCCCCUGGACCUACAGGAGAGUCUGGUCCCUCUGGACCACCAGGAAAGAGAGGACCAGCUGGUGUUAGAGGACCCGAGGGAAGACAAGGGGAGAAGGGUGCCAAGGGAGAACCAGGCUUGGAAGGUCCUCAAGGAAAGACCGGUCCUGUUGGACCUCAGGGAUCGCCUGGCAAACCUGGUUCUGAAGGCUUGAGGGGAAUCCCUGGCCCCGUUGGAGAGCAAGGUCUACCCGGUGCUCCUGGCCCAGACGGACCUCCCGGGCCAAUGGGUCCUCCAGGCUUACCUGGUUUGAAAGGAGACUCCGGUAUCAAGGGAGAGAAGGGCCAUCCGGGUCUUAUUGGUCUUAUCGGACCACCGGGCGAGCAAGGAGAAAAGGGCGACAGAGGUCUGCCUGGCCCAGCUGGAACUGCCGGUCCGAAAGGAGAUAAUGGUAUUGCUGGUCCUUCUGGUCCACUUGGCCCACUCGGCCCGCCUGGAUUACCUGGUCCUCCCGGUCCCAAAGGUGCUAAAGGCUCAUCUGGUCAAACUGGACCAAAGGGAGAGACCGGUACACCGGGACUUCCAGGCCCUCCAGGUCCCCCAGGCGACGUCAUCCACCCACUCCCUCUCCAGGCCCCUACCAAGGGCCGCACGCGCAGGAACAUCGACGCCAGCCAGAUGAUGGAUGACGAGCCGGUCGACGCCAACUACAAGGACUACGAUGACGGCAUGGAGGAGAUCUUCGGCUCGCUCAACUCACUCAAACUGGAGAUCGAGCAGAUGAAACACCCACUGGGCACUCAGGCCAACCCUGCCCGCACCUGCAAGGACCUGCAGCUGUGCCAUCCAGACUUCCCAGAUGGUGAAUACUGGAUCGAUCCAAACCAGGGUUGCUCCCGGGACUCGUUCAAGGUUUACUGUAACUUCACAGCCGGUGGAGAGAGCUGCAUCUUCCCUGACAAGAAGUCUGAAGGGAGCAAAAUGGCAAAAUGGCCCAAAGACUCACCAGGCACAUGGUAUAGUCACUACAAGAGAGGUUCCCUGCUCUCCUACGUGGAUGCUGAGGGCAACCCCAUCGGCGUGGUGCAGAUGACCUUCAUGCGCCUGCUGAGCGCCGCCGCCCGCCAGAACCUGACGUACAGUUGCCACCAGUCUGUGGCCUGGCACGACGCGGAGGGUGACAACUACGACAAGGCCAUCCGCUUACUGGGCUCUAACGACGAGGAGAUGUCCUACGAUAACAACCCAUACAUUCGAGCCGUAUUGGACGGCUGCGCGCUGAAAAAGGGCUAUGACAGGACAGUACUGGAGAUCAACACUCCCAAGGUGGAGCAGGUGCCAUUUGUGGACAUUAUGUUCAACGACUUCGGCGGCCCCACGCAGAAGUUCGGCUUCGAAGUGGGCCCCGUCUGCUUCGUCGGCUAAAAAAAAAACUGAGCAAAAAUAUGGAGGCCAAUUUACACACAAAAGAAACCAACAACAACAACACUUAUUUUUGUUUCUAGGACAAUUCCGUUUGUAAAAAAAAAAAAGUUUUUUUUCCAUAAAGCAAAAUUCUGUAGGAUGAGAGGAAAUAACCUUGCAACCUCAGCGUGCCUUCUUCAGUUUUGAAACUGGAUGAUCACACUUACGCGUGUCAUCUCCCGCCACAGACUCCAUUCCUUCGCCUUCUUCCCGUCACGCCUCGUUCUUCGCUUUUGUCGUCGGGAGCUUUGUUUGUGCAUAAUUGCCCCUCUCCCCUUUUUUGUUUUAUAAAUAUAUAUAAAUAUAUAAAUAAUUUUUAUGUUUGUAAGUACAUUCUGUAUAUUGAUCCUGGUGUUUGUUUUAUUGCUUUACUGGCUUCAAAACGUGCAUGUGACUCCAUCGAAUGGGCGGAUGCGCCGAUGACAUCAUCACCGUGAGACGACAACAAAGAGGAAAUCCGGUGUUUUAAAAAUAGACAACAAAUGGGAGAACAGAAAAAAAAAAUAAACGGGAUUCUGUUUUUUUAAAAAGAUUUGCAACCAAAUCGGAUGACGUCAGCCAAAAAUCGGAAGAACUUCGGUGCUAUUUUUCUUCUUCUGUGGUGCUACACUUUGUAUUUUUCCAGGUGGAUCUUUUUUUUGCUCCUUUGUUUUUUCCCCUCUCUCAAACACAGCCGUCUGCUUGGAUUUCGGGAAUGAAUCGGAGCGCCAAAAAUGAAUCCAAAGAGUAUUAUUUUGUUGUUGUUUGUGAAAAAAACCCAUGCCAAAAAAUGAAUGCUUUAAAGUUGUCUUUUCGUAUGGGAAAGGUGCUUUUUAUUUCUUCUGAUGCAGGUUUCUUUUUUAAAAAAAUAAUUGUUGAACCUAUGCACUCUUUUGCGCUUAUGACCACUAGUAUCUCACCACAGAAUUUUCUACCGCUUCACACAUUUUUUUUUUCAUAAUAAAAAAAUGGAUAAACAAACAUGUGACUUGAACAAUUUCUCUGUUUGGAAGAUGUUUUAACCAUAAAACGGACGCAUUUCGUUAUCAGCAUUUUUUUUUCCUGUGUCAAACCUGUGUACGGACAUUUUUUUCUUCCCAUGAUUUUUUUUUUCUGGCUCAAAAUGUCAAUAAAUAAGUUUACUGUGGCCAUCCACUUUCUUUGUAUGUCUUUUGAAGCAUUAAAACUCAUCUGUAUGCAUGAAAUGGUUAAGUUUGCUCUCUUGUUGUCAUCACCGUUAUAUAUAUUUAU